AUGACCGACCAAAAGGCACCGUUUCAAACAAUAUCGAGCGACAAUCAUGGAGCCAUCAUCACGUUGAUUUCGGUGUCUUUUGCGAUCGCAGCAACGAUAUUUGUCCUGGCGAAGUUGGCCUCCACAAUCUACUUUAAGCAACGACGGACGGCAGUCAAUACUCCCGUUUGGAUUGCUCUGGUUCUGGCCAUUGUCCAGGUCAUCACAUUACAAAAGGCCAUUCAUCAUGGGCUGGGGAGACACCAAAGUGUUCUUGACGAGGGCGAUAUUCAAAAAUGGAGUCAAUUUGCAUUUGCCUCGCACAUCCUCUUUGUCCUCGUCAUGUGCUUGUCAAAAAUAUCGAACAUCCUACUGGUUUGGAAGCUGACACCGAGUACCAAACUACGUCGCCACUGCGUAGCCUCGGCGGUCUUGGUGGGUGGUUGGUCAGUGUUUGCAAUAUUAAGCAUCGCCUUUCAAUGCAAAAUGCCGGAUCCGUGGGUAUAUUCUCCAGAGCGAUGCGCUGGCAAGGGCGCUAUGUUUUAUCCGAUUGAAACCUUGAACAUUUUGACCGAGGCAAUCAUUGCGGCUCAACCUUUUCUGAUGAUGCAGAAUGUUCAAAUGGCCCGGUCCAAGCGUGUGAAGAUCCUGUGCGCCUUUUCGUCGCGCUUAAGUGUCCUGGGUCUGGGAAUCGCCCACAUAGUCCUCGUCCCAUCGUUUAUCCACUCAGAGGAUCUCUCAUGGGACAUGGCCAAUUGGGAAAUUGUUGGCCAGAUGAUGAUGCUCACCAGCAUUAUCGCCGCAUGCGUUCCGACCCUAUAUCACAUCUUCGCCGGUCUGCAUUCGGGCUUAACGACAACUCAGAUCCCCGAUAGUAUCGAGCUUGACACGACGCAGACCAAGGCUCAGAAUUCUCUGGCAGGACACUCGGUCAAGCCGCCCAAAGAAUCAUACUCUCGGUCGGAAUCACGCCAAACGACCCGGAGCAGCGGAUGGCGAUCCGUGUGGAACGGCUGGGGAGAGGAGACCGGAGUGACGACGGAGAUAUCGUCUCGCUCAAGUCGAGGUUUGAAGUAUCAUGGACGAGGUGGCAGUCGGUCAAAUUUGAGUGAGACGGAGGAGACGGACAGUGUACGGGGCUUGACGCAGGGAUUCGAAGACAAGGGGGCUGUACUCCGGACCGUCGAUGUGACGGUGGAAUUUGAAGGCCGAGAACCUCCCCGUGGAGUCACGCACGAGGAUCGACGGAUGUCGAUCCAUCCGUCGCACUAA